UCAAAGUAAUCCCUUCCUGGUUAGAAAGCCGGUAAGAAGAGUGCGUAUGGGGAAGCUGGAGUGUUUCGUUGCCAUCGAAAGCAUUGCUCAGGAAUAUAACCAUUGCACUUGUCGUACAAUAAUAUCGGGCCGAAGGAAACCUCUGUUCUUCGCUGACAGGAAAAACAGCGAUGCCUCCUCACGUGCUGCAUUUUAAGCUUUUCCUUUCCAAUAUGAAAAGGAUUUUUCGUAUCUGACCCAACAACCUGCUCUCUGCCAUGUGCUGAGGUGGGAGGUGUAAGUUGAAGGGGCAGGAGAUCCAUAUUAACCCCGUAGCAUUAGGAACAUGGAGCCGAUGGCACUUCCGCGUUCAUCCUAUUUCGGGCCUGUGUGACAGCACUGCAACUGGACCAUUGCCUACAAAGCAGCAAAUGCCUGGGGACGCAGAGGCACAGGUUCAGUCAGCACCGUGAAUGUGGGUUUCCCUUUUUCAUCCGGAUCAGUCAGGACUUAAUUUUGUAGGACUGGUAUAUUAUAUAUAUAUAUAAGUAGCUUAAUUUCUUUCUACGUAUCCUUUAGCCUUGCCAUGGGCUGACUUUUGAGAAGUAUUGAAUUCUGAACUACUGAUCUUCAACUGAACGUAUUUUAUUGCAAAUUCUACUUUUUCCCCUCAAACCUCAUCUUGGAUAACCGUUCCAGUAAACCAACAGCUUUCGCUGCUUUAUUUUUGUGUGGAUUAAGGAAAAAAACGUUGUCUGGCUCUGGGAACUGGUUUAUUAUCCCUUCGUGUUUUGAUUUCUAAAUACAGGUAUUUGGGGCUACUUUGGGCCAGGCUGGAAUGACAUUUACACAGCCAAACAACGAAAGUGCGUGCCACGGUACCACAUGCGGCAAAGUUCAUUUAUUUCUGACAUAACUGAGGCCAAGUUGAUUGCUCGCAUUAGAGUUCCACGCACGUGUAUAUUGUUCAGAACCUUUACUCCGAGCACUUCCUAGAUUGUAUGCACGAGAGACGAGAAAGAGAAUAAAGCAGCUGAAAAGUGGAUUCAUUAUCUGGCAGCCAUAGUAAAUGGCAGGAGAGAGAAGCAACUAGGCACAUUGGGAAGAGACUGGAGACUUUCCCCGAUGCCGGGCAGUUCAGACCUUAACCAGCCUGCGGCCCUCUCCUCUGCCUCGUCUUCCGCGGCGUCUUCGGUGUCAGGCCAGCACCGAAGGCCCGGAGACGACUCGAGGAGGAAGAGAAGCCACCAUGAGAGAAAAAAGCGGAGGGCCCAACAGCAGGCCAUGCUAGACUGUCCGGUGGAGCCGGUCGGACCCACGGAUGGACAACAGAGCCAGGUUGCUUCAAGGGAAAAGAGACGCCACAAAAUGCACCGUGAGAGAAAGAGACGCCGGAAAGACCGUGGAGGGUCGGGGAAGAGGAGUGGGGUCAGGAAGGACCGAGCCCUUGCUCCUACAGUUGAAUACGAUGAUGUAAGCUCGCUGUCUGACGGUGACCUUUCGGAAGGCGAGCAAGUUCCAACACCGCCACCAUUUGCACCUUCGGUUUUGGGGUUAGGCCUUGGUGCAUCCCCGGCCUCAGAUAGAUGUCCCUCGCCCGUAGGGUUGCACCCUCCCCAGCUCAGUCUUCUGCGCCAACGGGGGGACUCGGGGAGAAGCGGUAGAAGGAAAAGUUCUCGCAGGCCCGAGUCUAAGCACCGCCGCCGAGAAGACGCGCAGGAUCGGAGGAGAGGGGGAGAAAUAGGGGAACUGCUUGUCCCCACACCCCUAAUGUUAGCUCCUACAUGGAGGCCGCCGUGCGAUCUAGGGAAGAAGACAGAGUUCAGGCCUGUGCCCUUGUUUAGGCCGAAAAGAGAGGAGGCUUCGGCCUACAACAAGCAGCCACCAAAGGCAUACCGGGACGACAAGGCUUUUAGGUCUUCACUACUGCAGGGGAACCAACGCAAGAAAUCGGUCAGUCCCGUCCGCUCCCCUAGUCCAGGGUACAGUGGCCGCCGCCAGAACCGGCGCUCUCCCAGCUUUGGACCCCGCGAUAAAAAUGACAAUUCUCCACCACCUCGUAGAAGAUCCCGCAGCCCGUACAGUCCAGCAGGCAGGCGAUCAGCUAGGUCACGGAGUAGAAGUCCUUAUAAACCACGCCAUUCUAGAUCCCGAAGCAGACAUAGGGCGUCCAAAUCCAGAAGCAGACAGUCCAGUAUCUCUCCAAGCACACUGACUCUUAAAAGCAGCCUUGCAGCAGAAUUGAACAAGAAUAAAAAAGCUAGGGAAGCAGAGGCUGCCAGAGCCCAAGCAAAAGCUGGCAAAGUAUCUACCCCUGUUAAGGGACAGUUAGAAGUUGUCGGCAACUCACAGCAAGCAAACCAUGCUAAAGAACAAAAGAAAGCAAAAACAGCCCAGGUUCUAUCUCCAUCCCAGAAAAGUGAGAAAGCCAAAGUUAAAGUACAAAGUCAAGAAUCCUGCAGAGAAAAUAAUCUUACAGCUGAAAAAACUGCCAAGUCUACUGGUAAAGUAAACAAAAUAGAUUCAGUUAAACAGGAGAUAUGCACUCCAAAAGAAAAAGCCAAAACACACAAAUCGGAUGCAUCUACCACAGAGAAGAUUUCAUGUUUGGCACUCCUGUCUUCUGCACUUCCAUCACUACCUCUGCCUCCUGUCCUCUCCAGCUAUGGUGACAGUUUCAAAGGCUGUGUCCCAGGAAAAUCUGUAAAAGAAAUGGAAAGAAAACUGCGAACCUUGCUAUCUGACUUGCCUCUUCCACCUCUACCAGCAGCUCAGUCUGAAGGUGAAGACAUGUCCUGUAGUCCAGAAAGAAAACGAAUGCAGUCAAAGAACAAAAGGAGACCAAAGAUAUGUGGUCCACGCUGUGGGGAAAUUCUUGAAAAGGAUAUUGACUGGGGAAAGCGUUGUGUAGAUAAAUUUGACAUCAUUGGCAUUAUAGGGGAAGGCACAUAUGGACAAGUCUACAAAGCAAGAGAUAAAGAUACUGGAGAGAUGGUGGCUUUAAAGAAAGUACGAUUGGAUAAUGAGAAAGAAGGAUUUCCCAUCACAGCAAUUCGGGAAAUUAAGAUCCUGCGCCAGCUUAACCACCAGAGUAUUAUUAAUAUGAAGGAAAUUGUCACUGAUAAGGAAGAUGCUCUGGACUUCAAAAAAGAUAAAGGAGCGUUUUACUUGGUGUUUGAAUACAUGGACCAUGAUUUAAUGGGCCUCCUGGAAUCGGGACUAGUGCACUUCAAUGAACAUCAUAUUAAAUCCUUCAUGAGACAGCUUAUGGAAGGUCUGGACUACUGUCAUAAGAGGAACUUUUUGCACAGGGAUAUUAAAUGCUCAAACAUUCUUCUUAACAACAGGGGGCAGAUCAAGCUUGCAGAUUUUGGUCUUGCAAGGUUGUACAGUUCUGAAGAAAGUCGACCAUACACCAACAAAGUAAUAACUCUGUGGUAUCGUCCACCGGAACUGCUGCUUGGAGAGGAGCGGUACACUCCAGCUAUUGAUGUCUGGAGCUGUGGCUGCAUCCUGGGUGAGCUGUUUACAAAAAAACCAAUCUUCCAAGCAAAUCAAGAGCUUGCACAGCUUGAACUUAUAAGCCGAAUGUGUGGAAGUCCUUGUCCUGCUGUAUGGCCAGAUGUUAUAAAGCUACCGUAUUUCAACACCAUGAAACCAAAGAAACAAUAUCGUCGAAAACUCAGAGAAGAGUUUGCUUUCGUCCCCAAUGCAGCAUUAGAUCUUUUUGACCAUAUGCUGGCUCUAGAUCCAAACAAGCGCUGUACAGCAGAACAAGCCUUAGUUUGUGAAUUCCUUCGGGAUGUAGAACCAUCAAAAAUGCCACCACCAGACCUACCCCUUUGGCAGGAUUGUCAUGAGUUGUGGAGUAAAAAACGCAGAAGGCAAAAACAACUUGGAAUGGGUGAUGAUAUCACAGUUCCCAAAGUUCCAAGGAAAGAUUCAUCUUUGGGCAUGGAUGACAGCAGAAGUAGCACCCCACAAGGCAUACAGAUAUCUUCACAGCUAAAGACUCAGGGAUUCCCCAGUGUUGGAGUAGGUAAUCCAAGUUCUGGCCAGCAGCUGAACCAUAAUGAAGUGGCUAUCCUACUAAAUUUACUUCAGUCACAGACAAGUGUGAACAUGGCACACUUUGCACAGGUUUUGAACAUUAAAGUGAAUCCUGAAACACAGCAGCAGCUUAACAACAUAAAUUUACCCGCUGGUAUAUUGGCGGCGGGAGACAAGAAAGCAGAACAAAGAGGGGAAAUUCAGCCAGCAACCCAGCCAGCGUUGCCUCCUAUCCCACAUUUGCCUUUGACCAAAACAAAUACAGAUGUAACUUCAGCAACUGUGCAGAGCACUUUCACUGUUUUGCUGUCUCUCUUAUCAAAGGAUCAGGAGUUACAGAAAAGCAGUGAUGCAGUAACUGGGGAAGUAAAGGAGAACAUGAGUGAAAUACUGUUGCAACCCAAGAGACCACCAAGUCCAUCACCAAUUGAUAACCGUGACCUUGGUGAUCAUGCGGAUCAACAGCUACACAAUACAUCACUACAGCCAGAAUAUCCUCACAUACUGCCACCAGAUCAGCGCCCUCCAGAACCACCUGAGCCCCCUCCAGUCUGUGAGGGAGACCUUGAUUACCGGCCAGAGAGAAAGCACAUGCAUAAUACCACAGUGUUGGCUGGUGAUGCUCAUGCAGAAGUAAAAGCUGCUCUGCUACAGCUUCUUGCCCAGCACCAAGCUCAAGGAGAAGACAAAGAUGGUUCAGAGUUCCCCACCAGUACAUGCUACUCCAAGCCAUCAGACUGCACUGAAACGUUUGUGCCCUCUUUUCAAGCAACUUCAUAUAACAGUGAUAGGGCUACUAGUUUGUGCACAAAUAAUUUGGAAAGACAAACUCAAAACCAGGCUAUCAAUAACUACAGUAGUGCGUCAUCUCAGAUUAGUAAUAGGCUCACAGCUCCACCUGUUUUCACAGAGCCUUUUUCUCUUCCCAUCACCACAUAUGGGGACAGCUUCCUUAAUACUCAUUCCAUGCUGUUUAGUGGUGAUAAGGACCAUAGAUUUGAAUACAGCCAUGCCCCAACAAGUCUACUGAGAAAUAGCAAUCCUCCUCCUGGACUGGAGAAUAGUCCGUCUUUGGCAACAAACAUGCAUAAUUAUAACUACAGCAGUAACAUGCCAGAGCAUCCUGGCCUACCUGUUCACAUGCAUGGACAUGAUUGGACAUCCCCACUUCAAGGACCCCCAUUUUCUCAAGGACAUAGGGGACAUAUUGGCACAUAUGCUAGAGGUCGAGGUAGGGGACUACCAUAUUAAGACAAAUCCAUUUUUGUCUUUUUUUUUUUUUUUUUUUGAACAGGCAAAAUAUUUCUACCUGAAAUUGCUUUUUACUUUACUUGUAGCUGCAUUUUUCUGCAGCCAAAAGACUUGAAUUUGACAGCAGCUUUAUUUUUAUGUGACAAAUUGUCUUGCAGUGUAACAAUAAACAAAGUUUUGGUAAAUAUAAUUCAUUGUGUGCUUGAAAACUAGGUGAACUAAUCUACACGUUGACAAAUAUUAAUUAAGAGAUCUUUAUUUUGUACUUUAUCAAGUUUAAGUUGAAUGUUAAUUUUAAGGGCAUCCUUUAAUUUCCCUGACUCUUGCAAGUGUUUUAGAAAAGUUGCACAUUUGUGCUAUUUUUUUGUACAUUUGGACCAAUGUUUGGACAAAAAAAAUGCAGGGCUCAAAUUUCUUUGGUGUCUCUUUCUUUGUACAGAAACUACCUUUUUGUCAAAGGUCAAUGUCAUUCUGGCCUGCUUUCAGUGUCAUUGUGCAAGAUGUACCUUGUGCUAAUUUUGGACAAAAACAUACUCUUUCUCUUCUGAUGGAAACGUUUUAUCAACUGUUUUUUUUUUUCUUUUAUGCAUAAGAAAAUAAAUGUUGAUCAAAGCGC